GCUUGGUUUACAUCGUGCACUUGAUACGCGUACUAUAUAGUAACUUUCUUCGCUACAUGAAAAGGCACCCAGAGAGAGAGAGAGAGAGAGAGAGAGUUCUUUUCGUGUUUAUGCAACGCUGUAGCAAAGUUACAGAAUCCUCCAAUCAUGCAAAUAUUCGUGAAAACUCUCACGGGUAAAACUAUUACCCUUGAAGUUGAGGCAUCUGAUACCAUUGAAAAUGUUAAGGCCAAAAUUCAAGAUAAAGAGGGAAUUCCACCUGACCAACAAAGAUUAAUCUUUGCUGGUAAACAAUUAGAGGAUGGAAGGACCUUAUCGGACUACAACAUCCAAAAAGAAUCGACCCUUCAUCUAGUGUUGCGCUUGCGAGGUGGUGCUAAGAAGCGCAAGAAGAAAAAUUACUCCACCCCCAAAAAAAUCAAGCACAAAAAAAAGAAAGUAAAGCUUGCUGUGCUGAAAUAUUACAAGGUGGAUGAAAACGGCAAAAUCCAUCGUUUACGCCGAGAAUGCCCAAUGGAGCAAUGUGGCGCAGGUGUAUUUAUGGCCGCAAUGGAAGACCGGCAUUAUUGUGGAAAAUGCGGAUAUACUCUUGUUUUUAACAAGCCAGACGACAAAUAAAAAAAUAAAGUUCUAUAUAGGCACAAUAUA